GAAAAAUAAGAAGAAGAAGGAAGUAACAAAAGGAUUGCAGAGUUUUCUUACCGGUUUAUUUUUGUAUAUUUCAACGCCUUUGCAAUGCAAAUAAAAUCCAAAAAUAGUUCAGAAGCCCAGCGGAUUCAGGAACUGGCUGCAAAUGAGGCGCGCAUCACGCAGAUUGAGGAGUUUAUCAACGAAGUCCUGAAGGAGGACCUCCGGCAGCUGGAAAAGUGCAUCGGUCAGUUCAACGAGGAGAUCAUGGAGUACGUCCAGCUGAAGAACACCCUCCAGACCUUCGACACCCAUUUGCCGGAGGGCUAUAAGACGCAGGUGAACAUCGGCAGCAACAUUUUCAUGCAGGCACGUGUCCGCAAGAUGGACAGCAUCCUGGUCAACGUGGGCAAGGAUAUAUACCUGGAGAUGACCAUUCCGGAGGCAGAACGCUUCAGCGACACCCGCGUCAAGAUCCUGACCAAGCAAUCCGAUGUCCUGCGCGAGGAGAGCGUCAAGAAAAGGGCCCAAAUCAAGAUGGCCUUGAUAGCAAUCAGUGAAAGAGCAAAACUCAUCCAACAGGAUGAUGGGAAAUAGCAGGAACUCCUUUAAAUUGAGGAUAUGAUAGUUAUUGUUGUGUACCUACAUAGAAUAGUAAAAUACUGAAACACUUAUAAAAACGUUGAGUUUAUGGUACCAAAAUGUUCGCAAUAUAUUUCUAUAUACAGA